AUGCCUCGACCUAUAGUCGCACCGGAAAAGAGACGUCGUAUCGCUCAGGCCUGCGACAAUUGUAAGCGCAGAAAGGAGAGAUGUGAUGGCAGCCGACCGUGCAGCAUCUGCAUCCGACGACGAAGGGAAUCCGAAUGCCAAUUUUCCGAGACGCCUGCUCGAUUGCUUCGGGGUCCCCAGAAUAAUGGGACCAGCAUCGGAAGUCCUGCAAGUGUCACUCAGACAUCUCCUUCGGUCGACGCGUUGAGGAAUCGUGGUGGGAGUGAUGCACCGCCGCCUCCGCAGCACAACAAUGUCGCACGGCCGAGCAUUACGAGUUUGGGUGCUGUUUCUGACCCUUCGCCGGUCAGUGUCACGUUGUCUGGAAAUCUGAGUGAUACAGGUCAGGCCGAGAUGGCUAUUGAUCGUAUCCUGAAUGCCAGUGUCGACGAGCGAGGCGCAAGAGCCAACGUGGAAUCUCACUCUCGACCAGAGUCUGUGGCACCGGUGCCUAGGCUGGCAAGAUUACUUCGCGAUACGCAUGGCAAAUUCAUGUAUGUUGGCGAUUCAGCCAGUCUGUCUUUCGUGCAGAGUGUGAGGCGUAUGGUCGUAUCUGCCAUUGGAGACUGUGACUUCACAAACGACCCCCAACGACAUCAGAUCAUCGAAACAACGCCUCAAACCGCGAUGCAAUUACCAGACAUGUCACCACUGGAUCUGGAUCUCGAGGAGUGUAAGCGUUUAUCUCGACAUUAUCUUCUUGCUACUAGUGGCCUUAUCGAGAUCUUUGAUGUGCCUACAUACUACCGCUUUCUGGACCGAUGGGUAGUUGAUAAGGCUCGCGACAAUGAUCUCAAGUCUUCGAUCUUCUAUAUGGUACUUGCUAUUGGCGCGCAAGUGUCAUCACCAGACGGUGAUCAAACACUCGCCGAGAAAUACUUCAACCGUGGUCGACAUAUGGCUGUCAUGACUCUUACCGACGCCCCGAGUCUUAUGACAAUACAGGCUUACCUUUGCAUCACCAUGUACAUGCUCGGCGCAUGUCGGAGAAACGCAGCUUUCAUGCAGUUUGGCAUCGCUGUCAGAGCCGCGUUCGCACUGGGGAUGCACAAGAGCAGCACCNAUGCGCUGUUCGACGAGACAGAGGCCGGAGCAAGACGAAGGAUCUGGAAGAGUGUUCGCGUACUGGAUAUAUUCCUCAGCGCGUCACUUGGCAGGCCGCCAGCCACUUCCGAUCUGUCAAUGGAGAGAGACAAGGAUGCUACUGAGGAGGUGGCACACAUAACAUCCACAGAUCCCUUUUCGAACAAGGUGCUUGCUCUCUGCGACAUCUUCGAACGCAUUGUUAUCGACGUCUAUAUGAAGAAGGCAGUCUCUACACGCCUUGCAGAUUCGAUUUCAGGCCAGUACAGAGACUGGACCAGUGAUCUACCAGAAUCAUUACAGUUGGCCAAUCUCGACGCAAGCGAGGAAGACCCAGAGAAGUUGACCAAGGCUCUGGCUGCUAGCCACAUCAUCAGUGCCUACCAUUGGUCCAUCAUUUUGCUUACACGACCUUUUCUUACUUUUCAGAUCAUCAAAGACAUGAGUCGAGCGGGUCAGAAUCUAGAGAACAACGACCAGGUGGAUCAAUCAUCCAUCAAGACAUAUGCAGAUGCAUGUGUAGACUCAUCUCUGAGAAGUCUCAACAUAGCAUCGACCUUGAUGCAAUACUCCUCGCUCCCUCACCGACUACCCUUUAUCAUCAACUCCGUUUGCAACGCUUCUUUGGUCCUUGGAGCCGCCACCUUCGCCGAUCAGGACAAGUUUUUACCCCUUGAAGACGGAUUGAAACAAGGAAUGCAGAUUCUCAACCACUUUGCACAAUGGGAUCCUCACGCUGCUCGUUAUGCGCAGAUCAUCACUUACCUGCAAGACGCAACGACAAGAUAUAUCCGUCAGCGCAGCGAAAAGUCUCUGGAGUCUCGCCGCAGUAAUGUCACCAGACUCUUUGGCACGAUUGGCCAGCAAGCAGGUGGUGCUGAGGAGACCAUACAAGACCAAUCUGCUGGUCUUGCGCCCGCUACCACUGACAUCGGAGCUGCCGAUCCUCUACUGCCUGUCAAUAUCGACCCAUCAUUGUACACGCGACCGGCACUGAUGACAGAUUUGUACUCAAUGGUGAACAAUCAAGGCGGUUUGCCUGGCUUGAUUGAAGGAGGAUUCUAUCCCCAACAGCAGCCGGGGACUGGAGUUAUGGCCGACGGCUCCGGCUACCAAGACGACUCAUACUAUUUCAUGGAUCAAGACUUGUCAAUGUUUGGCUUCUGUUGA